AUGUUCAAUUACGGAACGGACGAGGAUCUCCAGGACAAGGUCUAUAUCCUUGUCACUGGCGCAAACAGUGGUCUCGGAUUCUCGAUAUGCUGCCGCCUAGUCGAUGAAUUCCUCAGCUCUCCUCAACGCACGAACCAAUCCCUAACCGUCAUCUUCACUACCCGAAGCCCCAAGAAAGGAAACGACACCCUCCUCCGCCUCCAGGACCAUCUCCGCAAAACCUCCGCAACACCCUCCCCCACCAGAAGGGUAAACUUCAUCCCGGAGAGCGUAGACCUAAACAACCUCGUCUCCGUCCGCGCCCUUUCCCGCCGCCUGAAUGAUGAAUGCCCCAAACUCGACGCCAUCUUACUCAAUGCCGGCAUUGGCGGCUGGUCAGCCCUGAACUGGCCGCGAGCCACCUGGGGCAUCCUCACCGACCUCGUCCACGAAGUUUCUUGGCCCUCAUACAAGAUCGCCCCCGCUGGUAUGGUAACAGACUACCAGACCACAACGCUAGCAACCCAAGAGCCCCGUCUGGGCUCCGUCUUCUGCGCAAACGUCUUUGGCCACUACAUGUUAGCGCACAAUGUCAUGCCCCUGCUGCGGCGGUCAGGACAACCCAAUGGUCGUGGCCGCGUCAUCUGGGUCUCAAGCAUAGAAGCCACGGUGAAGAUGUUCGACAUCGACGACAUUCAGGGUCUCCGGACUUCCGCACCUUACGAAUCUUCCAAGGCGUUGACCGACGUCUUGGCGCUAACGGCCGAUCUCCCCAGUACCAAGCCCUUCGUGAAGAGUUUCUAUUCCGUCGAUGAUAAUAGAACAUAUAACAGUGGAUUUGGAAGACCUAAAGUAACUAAUGACGAUAACUCGGCCCCGAACACGUACCUCUCUCACCCCGGAAUCUGUGGUACGAGUAUCAUCCCGCUCGCCUGGCCGCUCUUUUACUCAAUGCUUGCCGUCGGCUUCCUUGCCCGGCUGCUUGGGUCCCCCUGGCAUACGGUGUCGACUUAUCUGGGUGCCUGUGCUCCUGUGUGGCUGGCGUUGUCCGCUCAGUCUGUCUUGGACACGGCUGAGUCGCUGUAUCGGCAGAAUGGUGGUGGCAGAGCGAAAUGGGGUUCCUCCAGCAACUGGCUUGGCAAGGAUACUCCGGCAUCUACUGAAGUUGACGGGUGGGGGUAUGGUGGUGUCGUUGGCCCCGCUGUUGUGGAUGAGGAUCGGUUGCGUCGGCGCAAAAGAGGCGCGGUGGACCUUACAGCGGAGGCGAAGGAAGACUUUGAGGAGCUGGGGAGAAAAUGCUGGCAGAAAAUGGAGGAGUUGAGAAUUGAGUGGGAUAAACUUCUUGAUUUGGACGAAGUAAGCCCUGAUGAUUUCGGUUUGGGAUUCUGA